AUAAAAACAAGACAUCGGCAGUUGCUUAUGCCACUCGUUUGGUAUACACGUCACUUUGCUAUUACGUUUUAAUUUUUUUUGCGUAAUUUAUUUUAGUGAAAUUUUGGUUUUAAAAUUUACGAAGUUCUUUAAAAACGUGUUAAAAAUUAGUGUUUUUAUUCCUUGAAGUUUAAAGAGUUAUAAUUAUGUUUUUGAAGUUACUUUUGAGCGUUUGUGUAGUAUGGUGCGUCGUUUCGUCUGCUGCUUUAAAUUCAACGGGAUAUAAAAGGCCGCAGCAACCAUGGAUUUGGUCAAACAAUUUUAAUAAAAACAUCAAUAUUAUUCCUGCAAAUUUAAUUUCAACAACAACGAUGAAAGGUCCAGCAACUACAACAGAAAAUCCUUGCAAUUAUAAUCCAGUUAAACCGGAUUUUAGACAACCAGGACGCAGGAUAAGUGAAGCUAAGUGUCAGGAGUAUAUAUGGGAAAGGCAAAAUAGAGCUAACAAAAAACAAAAGGCUAGUGCAUGUUUCCAGAAAUACUUAGAUUCUUUAAAUCCCAAGCCACAUUUCGUAAUCGGCGGAAAGACUACAUUACCUGGAGAAUAUCCCCAUAUGGGAGCGCUUGGAUGGAGGGUUAUAAAUGGCACGUGGAUAUUUAAGUGCGGCAGCGCUCUCAUCAGCUCGAAGUACGCGCUCACCGCCGCGCACUGUUCCAAGUCUCCGAGAGACUCUAACUUGAAGAGUCAAUAUCCUGAAAUCAUCAGACUUGGAGAUAAGAAUAUUAUUGAUGUCAAAUACCUCAAUGUCCAAGAGCCCGUCGAUGCCAAUAUCGUGCGAAUCAUCGUGCAUCCACAGUAUUCAGCUCCGAAAAAAUACUUUGACAUAGCUUUGGUAGAAUUGGCAAAAGAGCAGACAUUUACUAGCUAUUUGCAACCUGCCUGCCUUUGGAGUGAUUUUAACACAGACAGUCUGGGAACAACAGCUACUCUCACUGGAUGGGGUGUCAUUGAGACAGCCAACAGGCGAAUAUCUCCUGAGCUACAAGCCGCCGUGGUCAACAUCAUAGACUCGCAGUUAUGCGACUAUCUGCUUCGACCGUCCUGCAGCCGACUUUGGUGCGGUAUCGAGGACCAUCAGAUAUGUGCAGGGAAACUCGAGGGCGGAGUAGAUGCUUGUCAGGGAGACUCGGGUGGCCCUCUUCAAGUAAAAAUGCCUCUUCCUGAUAAUAAAGAAGGUUCCAUGCACUUCGUGAUAGGCGUGACGUCGUUCGGCAUCGGGUGUGCGCGCCCCAACCUGCCCGGCGUCUACACGCGCGUGUCGAGCUUCGUCGACUGGAUCGAGAGCAUCGUGUGGCCGGGACAUUAGUGGAAAUAAUAUAUAAAUAUAUAAAAAAAUAUUGCUUUUAUUUUAUAUUAUCG